GUUACAUGUUGUUAGACAGGAAUAGACUCUUAUUCUGCCGUUGUGUUUCUUAAUUGUACGUUCUGCUACUCAGAUAUCUGCUAGUAUGCCUAGGGAUCCAUUGAUUGGGUUGGUUGGAAAGCCAUCCAGUGGAAAAUCGACAACGCUGAAUAGUUUGACAGACGCUACUUCGAAAGUUGGGAACUUCCCUUUCACUACAAUCGAUCCUCAGCGCGCCAUUGGCUACCUCCAAAUAGAAUGUGCAUGCCAGCGAUACGGUGUGUCGGAUAAGUGCAAACCGAAUUAUGGAGGCUGUAUAGAAGGAAGACGCUCUGUCCCCAUUGAGCUCUUGGACGUUGCAGGUCUCGUUCCAGGCGCGCAUCAAGGUCGAGGGUUGGGUAACAAGUUCUUGGAUGAUUUGCGUCAUGCGGAUGCCUUGAUCCACGUGGUUGAUGUUAGUGGGACCACGGACGCAGAAGGGAAAGCAACUCGAGGUUACGAUCCUUCACAAGAUAUUGAAUGGUUACAUUCCGAGAUUGUGCGCUGGGUCUUGGGAAAUUUGAUGCAAAGAUGGGGAUCCAUCAAGAGGAGACAUAUGGCUAUAAAGGCGACGGCCGUGGACACCUUACAAGGGCAGUUCUCCGGUUAUGGAAGUACAUCAACGAUUGUUGCACGCUGCUUAGAUCGGAUAGGCUUGAAGGAGCCACUUGAAGACUGGUCUGAUGAGACGGUUGAGAGGGUUGUCAAAGCUUUUAUCGAUGAAAAAUUCCCCACGGUCUAUGCUUUAAACAAAAUCGAUCAUCCCGACGCAGACAAGAAUAUCAGCAAAAUUGCCAAAAUGCAGGACCCUCAGUCCAUUGUCCUCUGCUCCGCAAUAUCAGAAGUGUUCCUUCGGAGGUUAGCGAAGCAAAAUUACAUCAAAUACGUCGAAGGAAGCGAGUUUCUAGAUACGCGAGAAGACCUCAUAGAGAUGGGCGAACCUGAUGGCGGUGGCUUAAAGGAGAUGGAUGAGAAGUUGAAGACCCGUGUCGAAAAUUUGAAAGACAUGGUACUUUAUCGUUUUGGCUCAACUGGAGUUGUGCAAUGUCUUUCGCGUGCCGCAGAGCUCCUGGGUCUGGUACCAGUCUUCCCAGUCAGAAACGUACACACCUUCGCAUCAGGAGCCGGAAGCGAUGCAGCGUUCCGCGAUUGUGUCCUGGUUAAAAAGGGCACUACGGUUGGAGAUGUUGCUCAAAAGGUCAUGGGCGAUAUACCGAUCUCCUACAUCGAGGGCGUUGGUGGUAUCCGCGUCUCGGAAGAUGAAAUUGUGCAAGUAGGAAAACAUGAUGUACUAUCCUUCAAGCCUGGUCGAUAGAUCUCAUUAUUCAAUUUAUAUACAGUUGAUAUGUCUGGGAACGAACAAUGAAACGCUUAUGGCGGCUAUCAAUAGUACAUAGCCGAAUUCAAUGAAGCAGAAAAGCAACCCAACUUACAGAUCAAUGACCCUUCUGUGAACGAUAUCAAUAGUCAGUCGCCUGGUCUUGGUGGGGGGUAUCAACUCUUAUCCCAGGAAUGUCCUAGCUUAUUUCUACGAGCGUAAAGGUUUGAAAACAUACCUGAGCUCUUUCAUCAUUCAUUCCGAUGAUCGGUUCAGGUGCCUUAGGAUGCUCCUCCUUAGCCUUCUUCCAAUGCUUUAACCCUUCUCUCUCCGUUGCUGCUUGAGGCUUAUCACUUCGGGCUACUCCCUCAUAUUCCUCCUUGUCCUUCAAACCAGAAGAAGCCCCUUCAACAGUUGGAUCAGUGUUAUCACCCUUCUUGCUUCGGUUCACAGCAUGAUCUUCAGUUGAUGUUCCUUUCCAAUCUUGCGUUAUGCCACUAUUGAGGCGAACCCGCACACUUCCGGGCGUGUGGAACGCCGCUGGCUGCCACACGGAACAAAGCGGAAGUAAGCAGAGACGUGGCGGCCGUGGCGUGAGCAGAUGAUGCAGCUUUGAAGUUGGAGUAGGGAGUUUUGAGCUGUUCGGCAUCUUGGGUUUAUGAUUUAUGACUGGGAUUGGGCUUCUCACGAAAAUUAUGUUGUACAAAAGCAAAUAUUUCUUAUAUA